AUGACGUCGACGCGUCAGCACCCGUUUGUGCAGAUCUACCAAGAUCCAAUACCCGCCCCAACAAACAGUAUCUCACCUAUCGACAGACCUCGACCGCGUCUACAACCCUCGGCAAUGCCUCUACAGCCAUUGAGAAACCCUCCUGCGCCUCAUCCUCGCCCAGACGUCGUCCUCGAUGCGCCAAUGGCACCCAGCCAGCAGAUAUCGCCCCUCAAGAGCACACCAUUAUCACCUCCACCACCGUACUUCGGGGAUCUGAACUAUGUUCCUAUUCCUCCACCUGCGGUGGCUAGCCAUAUCUACACUGACUCACCAGCAAAAAGACCAGCCGUUCUGCCCCCACACCAAUAUCGUCCCGUUCAGAUGGCGCAGCCAAUGUUUACCACCUUCGAGAUCAACACAUAUGAACAAGAAAAUUUGGCAGUGAAAACUACACAGGAUAACUUCGUCGACUUUCCAGAGCCGUCGUAUGUACGCAAGCAGCCCCUGAAGCGAUCAUACUCGGACGCACAGGCGCCCAACGACCGUCCAUUCAAGAAGUCUCGGCACGACGAUGAAGCCUCCUUCCAUCUACCUGAACCGGAAGAUAUGCCUCCAGUUGAGGACGAUGGGAACAAGCCUUCUUACAGUUAUGCUCAAAUGAUUGGGAUGGCUAUCCUCAGAGCACCAAAUCGGCGGCUGACGUUGGCACAAAUCUACGACUGGAUCUCAACUACGUUUGCCUAUUACCGCGAAGAUACCAAGCAAAGCUGGCACAACAGUAUCAGGCAUAACCUAUCCUUGCACAAAGCUUUCACCAAACAGGAGAGGCCGAAGGGAGAUGCUGGAAAGGGAAGUUAUUGGGUCAUUGAGCCAGGAAUGGAGUCACAAUUCAUCAAAGAUAGAAUUCGAAGAGGGGCCAACAUCACCCACAUGACCAUCAAUGCCAAUCUGAUGCGGCCGGAGCCUCAAAAGAUUGCUCAACAACUCUCGGAUGCGUUGGCGCCAAACCCCUUCCUCGGCCAAUCAAGCGAACCUGUUCGACCUCAGACAGCUCCCGCCCUACCAGAACUCUCAUCAGAUGCCACUCUGCCAGCCUCAGACCCUGCUCUCAAUGAGCAAGAGACUGUGGACUUGGAAGACAUUGUCCUUGCCACGGCUCCAAAGUCGUCUCCCCCGGAUGCCAUCAAUUCGUCGCCGCCAGUGGCUGCAUCUCAUCAUCAGCGAGCCAUCUCUUCCCCCUCUGCACGCAAGGCACGCCCAUCUGUAUCUCAUCGACAGAACCGAAGUCUCACCAAGAACGAUGAUAGCGGAUACUUUUCAUCCAUCGAGUCGUCUGCGCUUCGCCCAAACAAGAAUGCCGUGAUGCUCACCUCGGAGAUGGAUAUUGAGCCUAUGAGGAAGAAGAGAGGUCGUGCCGAAGAGGAGAUUGCGCGAAUCAGAAGCUCUUCGCACGACCUGACUCCAAGCCAUGCAAGAUUCCGGCCAUCAACAACCGAAGCGGCGCAAUUGUCAUCCCCCGUUCGUGUCAGCCCAGCGGCCGCACUAAAUCCGAUGACUCCUGCUGUUAUCUUCAAGAAACCCACCCGUCCUCCUCCUUCGGUCUCUCCAAACACUCAGCUUCUCCUGCAUCGCAAAGCAAUGCGUGAGUUUGCAAACUCGCCCAUCAAAAGCUCUGGGCUUUUUUUGUCGGAAGAUUCGACUUACAGUCCCCUUAAGUGGGCAAGUCUCGCGCCGUCGUCUGCCUUUCCUGAGGAAUCUUUUGAAAUCUUUUCUGAUCCGGCGGUUGGUCUCACUCCGGCCACGCCGAUCGGUGCCUCUUCACCACUUAAAACGUCUGUCUCUCGUCCAACAUUUUGUCGAGCGUCAACAUCCACCAAUAUCCUUACUGAAGUGCUUGGCAGUGCCCAGAAGGCCAACACGAAGACACCAACCCGUGGUUCUCUUCUCCAUCCACGCGUGCGGGCUACACAAACUGGCUCACCGUUGAAGGGCUCAGCUACUCAUGGCGUGGCCUUCGAUGUACAAGAUGACCUCUUCGAUUUCAAAUCAUUCGAGAACGACAAUUCUGAUGAUAAUGACGAAGGUGUCGAUAUCCUCAAAGGUUUUGAGAAAAUCGGUGGGGCGUCGGCGCAAGCUAGCGUCACCACAUCAACUGACCACGCACGCCGACCAUCCUUGGGUCGUAGCUUUACUUCACGCUUCUGA